UUGCAACAGGCUGCAGUCAGGAAAGGCACUGGGACCCAGUGAGGCAGAAACAGGUAGACAGGUUGUUAAGAUGGAGGAAUACGAUAUAAUUGUGCUUGGAACUGGACUUAAGGAAUGUGUCCUGUCAAGUUUGAUGUCUCAAAGUGGGAAAAAGGUUCUUCACAUUGACAAGAAACCUGACUAUGGAGGACAAGGUGGAUCCAUUUCUCACCUUGAGGAGCUAUUCAAGAAGUUUAAGGUUCCAGGACCUGCUAAGUCAAUGGAAAAUGGAAAAGCAUGGAACAUCGACCUUAUCCCCAAAUUCUUUCUCGCCAACGGUGAGCUAGUGAAAAUCUUGGUGCACACUGAGGUUACUCGAUACCUGGACUUCAAAGUUGUUGAAGGCAGCUACGUGUACAAAGCAGGCAAAGUGCACAAAGUCCCCAGCUCGGAGGAGGAUGCCGUGCACGCUUCAGAUCUGAUGGGCAUGUUUGACAGGAGAAGGUUCAGGAAGCUGUUGCUCUUUGCCCUGAGCUUUGAUGUGAGGAACCCUCGGAACUGCCAGGACGUGGAUCCAAACAAAACCACCACACGGGACCUUUUCUGCCGCUUCGACCUGGGGCUGGAUGUCAUGGAGUUCACGGGUCACGCCAUAGCGUUACACGGCAGUGACGGGUACCUGGACCGGCCGUGUGGGGAAACCAUCAGACGGAUCAAGAUGUACUUUGAGUCCGUGUCUCGUCACAACUCCAGUCCGUACCUCUACCCCCUGUACGGGCUGGGCGAACUACCGCAGGGAUUUGCCAGACUGAGUGCAGAGUACGGAGGAACUCUCCUCUUGAACAGAACAGUGGAUGAGCUUGUGAUGGAUGAUGGCAAAGUCAAAGCUGUGAAGUCUGAGGGGAAGCUGUUCCGCUGUAAACGGCUCAUCUGUGACCCGAGCUACGUUCCCAAUCGAGUGAGGAAAGUGGGCCGUGUGAUAAGAGUCAUCUGUUUAUUAAAUCAUCCAGUCAAAAACACCCACGAGGCUCAUUCUUGUCAAAUCAUCAUCCCUCAAACACAACUCAACAGGAAAUCUGACAUCUACAUAUCUGUGGUGUCCUAUGUGCACAACGUGGCUCCAGAUGGGAUGUACCUCGCCACAGUGAGCACGGCUGCAGAAACCAGCAACCCGGAGAAAGAAGUGGAGCCGGCGCUGGAGCUUCUCAGGCCCGUCAUGCAGGAAUUUGUUUCAGUCAGCAACAUGCUGGUUCCCAAUGAAGGUGGACAGAAGAGUCAGAUCUUUGUGUCCCGCUCGUAUGAUGCGACAAACCACUUUGAGGCUGAAUGUGAGGACAUCAAAGACAUGUACCGCCGGAUAACAGGAGCGGAGCUCUGCUUCGGGGGAUCACAGAGACACCGGUCUACCACCCCCGACCACGAGUGAGAGACUUUCAACAUCAGGAUCAAAUAAUCCAACAGCUGGGAGGCCACAAUAUGGAUGAAUGUCCCAGCUGUAAGGCAGAGGUUGUGUUAUUUAGCAUUCUGAGUGAUGUUUGGGGUCUACAUGUUUUAUCCUGUUUAACUGUUGACAAUUUGGAAAAACAUUUUUUUAUAUUUUCCUUUAAAGUUAAAUUACCUAUCAUGCAAACAACAGGGAUUUAAAUAUUUCACACUCUGGCCACAGAGUCAGAUGAUUAGGAUUUGUGGAUGGGAGCUUAUGUGUGAGAAGGACAGCGGCGUGAAUGUCGUCCUGUGCUGCACACGCGGCAGCCUGCAGGUGGUAAAGAGGCUUAACCAAUGAACCACCACCUCAAGGCCUGCAACAUGUUCAUAAUCACAGUGCAUGAACCCCUUCUAUUCACUGCAUAGACCAUCAGUGGCGGUCGCCCCACCUGGAGCAGCCCUGCUUGAAAAUGAAAUAUUUACGUUUUUUGAAAUAUGGAAUGUACACAGUAAUAUUUGUAAAAUGAUAUGCUUUUCCUGCACCUCCCGGCCUGUUAGGUCAUUACUUUGUGAGUGUUUUAGCUGCUCGUUGGUGGCGUCUAAGAAGCACUUCAGCCAAUCGCUGAUUAAAUUAAAAAAUGUAUGACGUAAAAUUGAACCAAUCCGCGUCCUUCAAUAGACAGAUUGGGGCAACGUUGGUUUCGCCCCAAUCUUGCUUGUGCUCAUCAAAUCUGGUAUCGACAGGCGGAUGAGAAUCAGCACAGAUACACAGUACAUAUUUGUCAUGCUCACUUUAUAUUU